GAAUAUAAAGAGGCUCACUUUCUUCUUCCCGGAUUCAGCUGAUUGAGAAGGGGUCCAGGUCCAACCAAUAUUCUCUCACUGUGUUGGGAUCAGACAAGAUGCCGAUUGGAAAGCUACAAGUCCUCCUUGUUAGUGCUAAAGGUCUCCAUGACACUGAUUUUUUUACGAAAAUGGACCCUUAUGUGACAAUCACUUGUCGAACUCAGGAGCAAAAGAGCAACGUUGCCUCCGGACAAGGAUCUUCACCCGAAUGGAACGAGACAUUUGUAUUCUCUGUGACUAGUGAUGAAGAAUCUGAACUCGUGAUCAAGAUAAUGGACAGUGACGUCGGUUCUGACGACGACAUUGUGGGCGAGGCCAAAAUUCCACUUGAGCCAUUGUUCUUGGCAAGAAGCAUCCCACCAACACCAUACAAUGUGGUCAUAAAUGAUGAAUUCUGUGGGGAGGUUAAAGUUGGCCUUGAGUUCAUUCCUGAGGAGACACAUGAACAUGGCCAUCGAUAUGGGCACGAGCAUGGGCAUGAACAUGGGCAUCAUCAAGAAGAGAGUAACUUUGGAGGAUGGAAAGAAUCUUCAUACUAAAAUGAUGAAUCUUCCGUGAUCAUAUCUUUUGGGUUUCACUUUGAUUUCUUUAUCUUUCAUUUCUAAUUAUGUUGUUAUGUGCGUCUUUUUAUUCACUUGUAAUGGGUUUGUUUUAAGCCGUUUUCUAAACUUCUUUUUUUUAUUAUUUAUUUUGAUAUCCAGUUGAGUUUGCUUGAAUUUAAAGAUUUCUCUUCUUUUGUUAUUUAAUCAUUGGCUUUACCUA